AUGUCUGGACCUGAGGAAAGGGGUGGCAGAGGUGCUGGUGGCAGUGGAGAAGCUCAAGCUCAAGGCCAACCCCGUGAUUCAGCCAUGGCGCCCAUGCAACCAAGUCUUGGCCCACCUAGGGAUGAGCCUAGGGUGUUUGGGCUUGACAAGUUCAACGGUGACGACUUUGCUGAAUGGUCCUUCAAGAUGGAGAACAUCUUUGACCACUAUGACCUGCUGGAGGUGAUGGAAGGAACGGAGAAGCGCCCCGAGAACGACCCGGAGAAGAGCCCGUGGGUGCGGAAGAGCGCACAAGGCUAUCUCUUACUUGGGCAAGCGUUGGGGAGCAGUCAGAUCCGUCACAUCAAGCCAUUCCAGCGUGAACCAGAGAAAGGACCAAAGGCAUGGGCUGCUCUCAAGGGUGUACAUGCUCCUGCAACAGCAGCGGUAGCGGUGGUGCUGGAACGGCAAAUGGCGGCACUACGAAUUGAAGAAGACGAAGCGGUUGAAGAAGGGGUGCAGAAAUUCUUCGACUUGUUGACGCGGCUUGAGGGAGCUGAUUUGAACUACAGUGAGCUCCAAAAGAAGACCAAGUUGCUGGCCUUACUCCCGGAUUCAUGGUCCUCGCUCAUCAUCAACCUUAAUCGCGACUUGCCCCGCCUCUCGCUUGAAGACGUGAAGCGAGCUAUCCUUCAAGAGGAUUUCCGCCGCCGUGAGUUGGCGAGUGCGGAUGGCGCUGGGGCAGCGAGCAUCGGCCGUGGAUAUGGUCGAGGAAGAGGCAGAGGACGAGGGGGAGGAAGGUUUGGUGGCAACAACUUCGGCGGAGGCCGCAGGAGUGGCGGUUACGGCAGCGACGACAAGAGCUACGGACGCGGUCGCGGCCGAUUCGAUGGCGAGUGUCACUAUUGCCACUGGAGCGGACACAUGUGGCGCGACUGCUACAAAAUCCCUGAUGGUUGGACCCCUGCUCAAGGCCAAGAGGGUAGAGGAGCAGGAGGAGGGAGAGGACGAGGCCGUGGAGGCCGUGGCGGUCGCGGUGGCGGAGCUGCAAACAUGAAGAGCGGAGACAACGACAAGGACCCGAGCGACGAUCGAUACCCGGGUCUAUUCUACUUCGUGUCGACGCAAGUACCGGCUGGUCCAGAGAAGGAUGAAGGCUUUGAGGAGCCAUCAGCUGUAGGGAAGGUGACCCUACACCCCCUGGACUAUUGGGUGAUCGAUAGUGGCGCUACCUAUAGCAUGACACCUCGCCCGGACUUGCUCACCGAACUCGAGCCGUCACCGGUGAAGCAAGUCACAUCGGCUUUGGGGCAGCGAGCAGAGGUGAAAGGCAUGGGCAAGGCCAUGUUCAAGGGUGCUGAUGGGAAGAUGGUGGGCCUCAAGAACGUGCUUUGGGUGCCCAGCCUUGCUGCGAACCUGAUUUCCGUGCGGCGGUUGCAAAAGGCCGGCAUGGACACGAGCUCGAAGGGAGCUAAGACCUACACCGCGAGGCUUGGCGAGCGGAUUCUUUGGGACCUUCACGAGGAUAGGGAUGUCUACAACGAGAUGUGGCAAAUCCCUGUGGUCCCCAUGCCUAAGGAGAGGCAAGUGGCAGCAAGCAUCAGCACCAAGGGUGAAGCGGUUGGUAGCGGCGAUGGCGCGAACGGUCGCGCUAAGGAGAUAAAGUCCAAGAAGUGCAAUCUUGGAGGGACCAGCAAGCUCGGUGAACAUGAGGAGAGUGGUGCAGCAGCUCAUAAGCAGCACAAGGGUGAGGAGAACCCCAAGGCAGCAGCGGAGGAGGAGUACGGAGAGAACAUGUGGGGCACUAUUGCGAGUGCGUCAUUCUCCAAUCCGACUUCGGCUACGGGGGAGUGUGAUUGGCUCACCUUGCAUCGGCGAAUGGGGCAUGUGGCCCUGCCCAUCUUGCAGCAGCUAGUGAAGAAUGAGAUGGUUGCUGGCAUACGUGUGAAGGGGGAGCCCGAUGAGGUGCUUGGCUGCCCGACGUGCAUUCAAGCCAAGUUCACCCGGUUUCCGUUCCCUAGUUCGGAGGCAACGGCAAAGGCACCGCUUGAUGAGGUGGUGAUGGACGUGAAGAGCGACGUGGCUGAAACGUUGAAGACGGAUUGGUUCCCGAUGGUGGAGCGGCAACAAGACCGUCUAGUCAAGUCAAUCCGCACCGAUCGAGGGGGAGAGUUCCUGAGCAAGGAGUUUGGGUUGUGGCUGAAGAAGAAUGGUAUUCGGCACUCCCUCACCAUGCCAUACUCCCCUGCAAUGAACGGCAUCGCCGAGCGAGCGAACCGCACAAUCACGGAGGCGGCACGCGGGUUGCUCAUUGAAGCCGGGCUACCCGACUAUUUCUGGCCUGAUGCGGUGCGGAGCGCGUGUGUGGCCAAGAACAGAGCCUUGACUCAUGUGGGAGCAGACAAAUGGGUGCCCUAUGUGGAGUGGCUAGGAAGGAAGCCAAAGGUGGAUAUGCUUCGGGUGUUCGGGUGCAUGUGCAUGGCGCUCGUGCCUAAGCAUCUUCGGCACAACAAGCUUGGUGCCAAGGCGGUGUGGGCCGUGCACUUGGGCAUGGCUCAAAACAGCAAGGGAUGGCUUCUUUGGGACCCAUUCACCAAGAAGUUCUUGGUGAGCAGGGACUGCAAGUUCAUGGAGAACUUCAUGUACAAGGAUUGGAAGGCGGAGAAUGAGGCGAAGAUAGGCGUGCGGUUUGGGGAGGUGAAGAGUUCCGGUUUGGAGCAUGUGGAGCUGCCUUUGGAGCUGAGCAGCGGCAGCACAACCACAAGGCAAUCCUCCCUUGUGAAUGGGGGAGAGGAGGCCAAUGAUGCAGAGGAAGAAGAGGAGGAGGUGCAGCAAGUGAGCGAGCGUGCACCGUCACUCCCUUCCCGUACUACGAGUGCUCCACGGAUUCGAGCCACACCGCAGCAACGCCAAGGCCUUCAAGUCCCUGCAGCUGAGGAGGAAGGAAGGGGGAAGAGGAGAGUUCAACCCCCUAAUAGGCUGACCUAUGAUGCGCCGGGAAAGCAGGGCAAGACAGCCCUGGCCGGAGCGGCAAUGAUGGUCGGAGACGACGAGGAGAGUGACUACGAGGAGUGUGCCUUCGCGUUCUUCUCUCCGGUGGAGAUGCCGGGAGAACCAGCAACUCUCAAGGAGGCUUUGGAGAUUAGUGAUGCUGAGGAGUGGAAGAAGGCCAUGGAGAGUGAGCUGAAGAGCAUCGAGGAGAAUGACACGUUUGAAUUGGUGGAGCUACCGGACGGGCGUACGGCGAUAACGUCCAAGUGGCUCUUCAAGAUCAAGUCCGACGCCGACGGCAAGAUCGAGCGCUACAAGUCUAGGCUUGUGGCGAAGGGGUACCAGCAGAAGGAGAAGGUGGACUAUAAGGAGUUGUUUGCUCCUGUGGUGAAGCCGACGACGCUGCGAACCCUACUCGCGGGAGCUGCCAUCAAAGGAUGGGUGGUGAAACAAAUGGAUGUCACAACGGCAUUCCUCAAUGGCGUCCUUGAGGAAGAGAUUUUUAUGGCGCAGCCAGAGGGGUUUGAUGAUGGUAGUGGCAGAGUGUGGAAGCUGAAGAAGGCCCUCUAUGGGCUGAAGCAGGCCCCUAGGCAAUGGUACAUGAAGCUGCGCGAAGUGUUGGAGGGGAUCGGCUUCACUCCCUCAACGGCCGAUCACUCCUUGUUCAUGCUUGGCGAGGGGGAGCAGAGGAGUUUCAUGGUGGUUUAUGUGGAUGACAUCCUCAUUUUCUCACCCUCUUCUGACCUUGUGAAGGAGGUGAUGCUGAAGCUUCAAGACAAGUUCAAGUGCAAGGCCCUUGGUGACGUGAGCUUCUACCUUGGGCUCCACAUCGAACGAGAUGUGGAGAAGCGGUGGAUGCGGGUGCAUCAACGAAAGUACCUGGAGGCAUUGGCUGCCAACUUUGGGCAGAGUGAAGGCCAUGUGGCUACACCCUUUCCCUCUGGGUUCAAGUGUGUGAAGGGACCAGAGGAGGAGAGCGUUGGUGAAGAGGAGAGGCGCCGAUUUCACUCGUUGGUGGGCAGCCUCAUGUAUGCGGCGGUAAACACCCGACCGGACGUCGCGUUUGCUACCGGGCAGCUGGCUAGGGUUGUGCAAUGCCCUAAUGAGGAGCAGGUAGCAGCUGGAAGGAGGGUGGCCAAGUAUCUUGGCCAAACACCGACCGUUGGGCUGCAAUACUCGGCGGCGGCACAAAGGCGCCAAAAGGGCGCGGAUGGUGUUGAACCCGGGCGUUUGUUCCUCACCGCCUACUCGGAUGCUUCAUAUGCAUCAGAACCAGAGGACAUGACAAGUGUCGGAGGCUUCAUAUGCUGUGUUGGUGGAGGCCCAACUGCUUGGGAGAGCAAGAAGCAGGUUGACCAAGCUUUGAGCUCGGUGGAGUCCGAGUACAUGGCACUCUUCCGUGCCGUACGGGAGAUUGUGUGGCAGCGGCGUUUGUUGGCUGAAUUGGGGGAGGAGCAGCAAGGACCUACCCCACUGUACUCACAUGAGAGUGAAGUGGCAUUGGACGAGGAGCAUGGUAACCGCGGGUGA